AGAGGAGUCUCGCGUGCGCCAUUUUAGCGCGUCUCGAACCAUCCGGCAAGAUGGCGCUCUCGCUUUGUCUACCCUGAGCGGCGUAAAACACAAUUUACUUUUACUGCACACAUGAAAAUUGACCGGAUCGAAUGAAAAAACAGCUUUCCUCACGGGGCCAAACCGGUGACGUCUCAAAGAUCUGCGCGUGAAAUGAGCACAGAGAUCUUAAGGUCCAGUAAGCUGAAUACAUUGGUGACUAAACUUCAUGAGUUCUUGGGUAAUUCUCCGGACGACGAAAGCAUUGAUUCUCAAGACAUUUCCAAUGGUGAGGAUAAGUGAUGGGAAGUCAACUCCAAAAGAGCCGAUUCCUAGACUCUGAAUAGCCCUAGAGUUGGGAUUGACUCCAUCACAGGAAUCACAGGACCCUCAUUGUUGACUCUUUUGCUGGCAGUUGAGUGCACUAUAUUAGUAAAAUGGCAACCAGUGACUUAAACAUCCCUGUUGAGAAAAUGAAUGAGCCCAGUUGCUCCUCAGAAAUGACCAAACCUUCAUCUUCACGCUCAAAGAGAAAACCUUCAUUUGUGACCAAGCACACUGCCGUUGAUGAACCUGAAUGUGCAAAUGAGAGUGGAGGUGAACACUGUGCAGAUGACAGCAUGCAGAGCGGUCUGGAUAUUAACAAGUUACCACAAGGCACAGUGGUGGUGAAGCCGGAACCGGUUGCUAAUGAAGCUAAAGAUGAAUUCCGAGGUCCGGAGUUCCGUAUUAGAGGAAGCAAAGUGAAAGAGGACAGUACACGUAAACGCCCAGACGAGCAGCUCCAGGAGAUAUUUAAUUGCACAGCAUGUGGACAACAAGUAAAUCAUUUUCAGAGGGAUUCCAUCUUUCAACAUCCUGCACUGCAUGUUCUUAUCUGCAAGUCAUGUUUCAAAUAUUAUAUGAGUGACGAUAUCAGCAAGGAUGAUGAAGGGAUGGAUGAACAAUGCAGGUGGUGUGCAGAGGGUGGUAAUCUGAUUUGCUGUGACUACUGCAGCAAUGCCUUCUGCAAAAAAUGCAUUUUGCGCAACCUUGGGCGAAAAGAGCUGUCUGAAAUCAUGAGUGAAGAAAGCAAAUGGCACUGCUAUGUGUGCUGCCCAGAGCCGCUGAAGGACUUUGUUAAAACCUGUGAAAAAGUUUUGCUCAAUUUGGAAUCUUCUUACAAAAAGCCCAGGGGAGACAAUGACAAGACAAAGCGUGAAGACCGCAAACACAAGCAUACCAAACGAGAAAAAAAUGCUGUAAAUGGACAGGAUUAUGCAUCAGACGGAACGGGAACGUUAACCUUUUCCUGUAAGACGUUGAAGGUUCCGAAAGAGCUAGUCAAAAAGACCAAAAAACUAAUCGAGACCACAAACGGUUUGAAUCGUACUUUUGUACAAUUCCUCCAGCACAAAUCAAAAGGCCCUGACGUUAGUGCAGUAAGUUAUAGACACUUAAAGGCCUUCAAAUCAGUUUUGGCUGAUUUGAAAAAGGCACAUGCUGCUCUGGAGGAUUCUCUUGAAAAAGAAUUUGAAGAGAAAGGCCUCAAGUUUCAGAAUGGAGAGGAGCAAAGACCACCAGACAGUCAAACUGCAGGUAAAACAGUUGUUAACUCGCAUCAUGCUGACCCCACUACUGUCAGAGAAGAUGGUUUGGAUUGCCCUACCAAGGACCAUAAUCCUUUGGUAGAAGAGGAAAACCAACAGAACAGUUACUCAGCUGAUGUUGAAAUGAAGGAGAGCCUUCCACUCUCGCCAGAAAAAGCUCAGGACUGGUCUGAAGAAAGGUCUGAAGAAAGUGAGGCUAAAGAUCAGGAAAUGACAGAUAAUCCUGACUUUGAGGAAAGCUCUGUCCCAGCUGGUGAAGUGUCUCUUGAUAAAGACAUUGUGUCUGUUCCACCAUCUGUCCCAGAGGAACUCUUUGAGAUGGUAGAGAGUCUUGCUGUAAAGAAAGAAGAUGAUGCUGGCAACUCGACUGAUUCUAGUGAUGGAAAAUCGAUGUCCAAUGCUGAGGUUGUGGAAUCCAAUAAGAGCCUUACAAAACUGGGUAAAAAGCUUGUUGUCAAACUAACACCUGUUCCUCUUAAAAUUACCAUAAAACGAGAUAAGAGCAAUGAACGGUCUCCUUCAGAAGACAUGGAUGGUGAGACAUUACAAAAGGAGGGUCAAGAUAGCAGACGCUCCCCCAGGAUGAAGACCACACCCUUACGCAAGUCACCAGAGGCAAAGAGCAAACGUGAGCCAAGGUUGUCAAUGACAAAGGAAGAGUGCAGCGAUGCAGUCGAGGAGCAGUGUGAUUCUGAUUCAGAUGAAGUCCCUGAGGUCCUGCAGACUGCAGCUUUGAAGGCCAGCUCUGAUGAGAGUGAAACUGAAAACUGCGGGAACGCUUCUGGCAAACGUACCAAGAAGAAGAAGUUGGCUUCCCGGUCAACUGAGAAAGCGAAGCCAAAGCGCAAACUCGAUAUGGGCUCCUCAGAUUCGGACCAGAGCAACAAGUCGUCAACAGCAAAAAAAAGAAGUGCCAAAAAGAAGAAGGGCAGGGAAUCUGACUCCUCAAACCACAAUUCCGAUCUUGAGAAAGAGAUUAAAAACCUGGCCAAGAUUGGUAGUGGGAUAAAAAAAUCCAAAGGCGUCAAAAAGGAAGAGAACGAAUGCAGUAAAGAGGGUAAAAAAGGCCCUAAAAGGUCAUUCGAGCGAAAACGAAGGUCACAGAAAGAAAAGGCAAAGACCAAGGAAGAGUUUUCCUCCAGUGACGAAGAGGAGGAGGAGAAGGAGGAGGAAAAGCAGGCUGAUAACUCAGAUGAAGACAGUGAUCAGCAGAAGAUUAAACCAAUACUUGAGUCCGUUAUGGCUAGUAUUGAUGGUUUCCAUCAGUCAUCAGGAGAUGAAGUUGAAUUAAAGGCUGAAUCCUCUCAGGUGGUGGAUGAUGACGAUGACCCUGAGAAUAGAAUUGCCAAGAGGAUGCUUUUGGCUCAGAUCAAAGCCAACUAUUCAUCUGGAGCUGAUAGUUCAUCGGAUGAUGAAAACGCAGACAAAGAGGAUGGGGAUUCGGCAAAGAAAGGAAAAGAUGGUGCAAAGAAGCAAGAAGGAAGUGAAGAAGAGGAUGAAACUUCAGACUCGGGCUCAGAUGUUGACGUGAAGAAAGGUGGACGCAGGCACCGUUUGUUGCGUAAGAAGUUGACUCUAAGUGAGGGUGACUCUGAUGACGAGACCCCAGUCAAAAACAAGAAAGAAACCAAAAAGAGAGGCAGGCGGAAAGUGGACAGCGACGAUUCGGCAGACUCGGACUUUGAGCAGUCGCACUCUGGUUCCAGUGAUGCGUCAGCGCUCAGUGAGGCUGUGAGUGAAGAUGCGGAGGAAAACAAGAGCAAUAAACGCAAAACACGGUCGUCCAGAAAAGCAGCCAAAGACAGUGAGAGAAGUUACCAGAAAGAGAAGAAAAAACGACGUCGCAUUAAGGUUCAAGACUCCUCAUCCAGUGGCAAGAGUGGAGAGGAAGAGGAUGGAGAUGGUGAGGGUGAUGGUGAAGGGGAUGAUAAAGGAACACCCAAAAAUCGCAAGAAGAUCCGCAAGAUCAUUAAAGAUGACAAUCUGCGGACAGAGACCCGAGAUGCUCUGAAGGAGGAAGAGGAGAGGAGGAAACGCAUUGCUGAGAGGGAGCGGUUGAGGGAGAAACUACGAGAGACUAUUGUGGUGGAGGAGUCAUCACAGGUCACGUGUCCCAUCACCACAAAAUUGGUGCUCGAUGAGGACGAGGAGACCAAGGAGCCACUAGUGCAGGUUCACAGGAACCUGGUGACCAAACUCAAACCCCAUCAGGUGGAUGGUGUGCAGUUUGUGUGGGACUGCUGCUGUGAGUCAGUGAAGAAAGUAGAGAAGUCUUCUGGUUCUGGCUGUAUUCUGGCCCACUGCAUGGGUCUGGGCAAAACCCUCCAGGUGGUGACGUUUCUCCACACUGUGCUGCUGUGCGAGAAACUGAACUUCAGCACAGCUCUGGUGGUGUGUCCACUCAACACUGUGCUCAACUGGCUCAAUGAGUUUGAGAAGUGGCAAGAAGGCUUGAAGGACGAGGAGAGUUUAGAGGUGACAGAGCUGGCCACAGUGAAGAGACCUCAGGAGAGAGCAUAUGCUUUACAGCGCUGGCAAGAAGAUGGUGGCGUCAUGAUCAUAGGCUACGAGAUGUAUCGCAACCUCACGCAAGGACGAAACAUCAAGAGCAAGAAGCUGAAAGAAACCUUUCAGAAAACUCUAGUUGAUCCAGGUCCGGAUUUUGUCAUCUGUGAUGAGGGUCACAUCCUGAAGAACGAAGCAUCUGCUGUUUCCAAAGCCAUGAACUCCAUCAAGACUCGUCGGCGGGUGGUGCUGACGGGAACUCCACUGCAGAACAACCUGAUCGAGUAUCACUGUAUGGUGAACUUCAUUAAGGAGAACCUGCUGGGAUCAGUGAAAGAGUUCAGAAACCGCUUCAUCAACCCAAUUCAGAAUGGUCAGUGUGCCGACUCCACACUCGCUGAUGUCCGUGUCAUGAAGAAACGAGCACACAUCCUCUAUGAGAUGCUGGCAGGAUGUGUCCAAAGAAGAGAUUACACUGCCCUUACAAAAUUCCUGCCACCAAAACAUGAGUAUGUGUUAGCGGUCCGGUUAACACCCAUUCAGUGCAAGCUUUAUCGAUACUAUCUGGAUCACUUUACAGGUGUUGGUUCUGCCUUGGAGAGUGGAAGAGGUCGUGCGGGAACCAAACUCUUCCAGGAUUUCCAGAUGCUCAGCAGAAUCUGGACCCAUCCGUGGUGCCUCCAGCUGGACUAUAUCAGUAAAGAAAACAAGGGAUACUUCGACGAGGACAGUAUGGAGGAGUUCAUAGCCUCAGAGACAGAAGAGUCCUCCAUGAGUUUGACCUCUGAAGAUGAGAAGCCCAAAAGGAAGAAGAAACGAGGCAAAGGAAAAGAGCAGAGCUCAGACAAGUCUGACAGUGAUGACCUGGAAGUGAUUAAGGAGUGGAACACCAGCUCUCGUGGUGGAAACCCUGAGGGGAGGAAUAGAGCAGAGCCUGUGGAGGAGGUUCGGGCCUCAUCCAACUCUGGUCCUGGCAGCCCGUCACCGGACUGGUACAAAGAGUUUGUGGUCGAGGCAGAUUCUGAGGUACUGGAACAUUCUGGGAAAAUGGUUCUUCUUUUUGAGAUCCUCCGCAUGGCUGAAGAAGUGGAAGAUAAAGUGUUGGUGUUCAGCCAGUCUCUCAUUUCUCUGGACCUCAUCGAGGAUUUUCUGGAGUUGGCAGGCAGAGCCAAAGAGGAAGGGAAACUUUCGCCGUACAAAGGUGAGGGCAAGUGGUUCAGAAACAUUGACUACUAUCGCCUGGAUGGUUCCACGAACGCCAUGACCAGGAAGAAGUGGGCAGAGGAGUUCAAUGACACCAGUAAUGUUCGGGGUCGAUUGUUCCUCAUCUCAACCAGAGCUGGUUCUCUUGGGAUCAACUUGGUAGCUGCAAAUAGAGUCAUAAUUUUUGAUGCCUCAUGGAACCCAUCCUACGACAUUCAGAGUAUUUUCAGAGUCUAUCGCUUUGGUCAAGUGAAGACUGUGUUUGUCUACAGGUUUUUGGCUCAGGGAACCAUGGAGGAGAAGAUCUAUGACCGGCAGGUCACCAAACAGUCGCUGUCCUUCAGAGUUGUUGACCAACAGCAGAUUGAACGUCACUUUACGAUGAACGAACUGACGGAGCUCUACACAUUUGAGCCCGACCAGCUGGAUGAUCCCUCUGAGAAGAAGAGCAAGCGGGCCACACCCAUGCUCCCCAAGGAUCCUGUCCUGGCAGAACUGCUUCACAGUUACAAAGAUCAGAUCGUCGGCUACCACGAGCAUGACUCUUUGCUGGACCACAAAGAGGAAGAGGCCCUGAGCGAGGAAGAUCGCAAGGCAGCCUGGGCCGAAUAUGAGGCCGAGAAGAAGGGUCUGUCCAUGCGUUUCAACCAGCCGUCCUAUUCUCAAAUGGGCGUGGGAUCAGCACCAAACUCCUACUUCCCCUUCAACGUGGCUGCGUUAGCCUCCAUGAGCAACCAACAGUUGGAGGAUUUGAUUAACCAGGGCAGGCAGAAAGUGUUGGAGGCCACUAGCGCUCUGAAGUCGGUGCCUAGGGAACCACUGGAGGACAUCAUCGCACAGGUGUGGAAGGAGAAUCCGAGUUUACCGGAGGCCCAGGUUCAGUCCAUGGCUCUUGGGAGGCAGGCCGGCUUCGAGCUGGAAAUCAAACACAGGGAAGCUGUUUACCGUGAUGUCCUCAGCAAGCAACAAACUCUGAUGAUGUACGUGCAGAAGGUGAUUGCCAACCGGAAGGUCCAGGAGCAGCAGAUGGCCCUGGCGAGACAGGGUAUGCUGCUCAACCAGUUGGCCAUGCAGAACGGUCUCGCGGCUCCUAUGAAUCAGAUGGACCUGCUUGGGUUGUACCAGCAGCUUGGGGCGCUCCAGGGCCUCCCCUCAUCACAGCUGGGCAAGAACCCGGGCCCUUCUAAGGGACUGUAGAUGCCUCUGCCCCUCAGUGUACACACAGCUGGACUGACACAGCCAGGACACCUACUUGAGCUCCUCGGUCAUGAGAGGACAUCCUGGGACUUUGUUAAUGGGGUUUUGGCAGUGCAGUUUGUCAUUUUUGUGUAUAUAGCCUUAAUGUUAUUCAAGAUCUUUUUUUUUUUUUUCUCACACGUAUUUAAGAUUAAAGAAGAUAUUCUCCCCAAAUGCUUUUAGGCAUUGCAAGUUUCUUUCCCCUUGAAUAAGGGCUGUGCAUAUAUGAAUAAUUAUAUUGCAAGGAAAACAGCGUGAUUGAAGAGGGACCAUAGCGUUUCUGUUCUAUAACCAUAGAGAAGAUUUCGCCUCGUAAAUACUCUCUGCGUUAAUAUCUUCCUAGUAGUGGAUUGUCAUCGGUACUGUGAUAGCCAGUGCGCCAGAGACACUGCAGCGGACACCUUAAAUGUAAUGUCAAAUCAAAUGGCCUUAUAUCAAGCAGCUAGAUCUCUUCUAAUGUUUUAAAACCCCUUUUUCUAAUCUGCUUUUAGGUAUUUAAACUCGUUGUUGCUAAUCAUGCUAUGGAAUGUCUGUGUUGUUAAAACUGCUUGCUGAAUUCCUCUGGACUUUUGUAACAUCAAACUUCUCGUUGUAGUGUUGCCUAGCAUAUUGUUGUUAGUACUGUUCAUAUUUUAUCUUUCUGUUGUUGUUUUUUUUUUCUGUUUCUUUUCCCCACUUGCUUUGGGUUUGUGCCUGAGUUGGCGUCUGGCAGGUGUUGGGUACAUGUUUGUGUGGUUUAACCGAAGUUCAACCUCUUCUGAUGAUGAUAUAAUAAUGCUAACACUUUCCUUAUCAGGUUAGUGCUCAGGCUGUAUUGUUCUGUUCUUGGGCACAUCUCCACUUCGGAUGCUAAAUUAGAUGUUUUUCAUUGGCAACCAAAAGCCCUUUGAUAUCCACAGGGUGUCGUUCAGAAAUGUAGAGGAACUUUUUCCCCUUCUGAAAAUGUUCUAAUGUUAGCAUAUACACCACCAAUUUCUGCCAUUAAUAUGAUCUGCUACUUAGUAUUUAAUAUCACAUUUAAAUAAAGUGACCAAAAGGAUGAGUUACAUUCA